AUGCGGGCGACGAAAAUGACAUCGCAACACUGUAGGAGCGUCACACCUCCUCUAUCCCGCGCAAGUUCAACAGACAUAGUUGCGCCGCUAUCCCCGGAUUUGUCCCGGCACCGCGGCAUGUCGCCGGACUUGUCGUUCCGACACCGGCCGUUAUCCCCGGAUGUAUUGGAUCGAAUGUCUGCGGAUCUGCCGAGGCGGUCUCGCUCACCGGCGCGGCCUAGAUCCCUUAUGGAAUCGUUGUUAGUAGCCAAAAUGGAAGCUCUAAGCACCGGGAAGUUAGUGCGAACGGAUUCGUUGGAGAGUUGCAGCAGUUUCGGUUCGAUGUCGUCGCUGCCGAGUGAUGUGUGCCGCUGCGACGACUGUCUGCUGGGGAUAGUAGAUUUUUAUCUGCCUAGCCCUAAUGAUGCUAAUCGUCCGUUCAGAAAGGUAAGUUGA